CUUAGGUGUUGUCAUCGUGUUCCUUUAGUUUGGUGUGUUUUACAUUGGGCGUACGGGCGCAGUUUAAGACGUUACAAUGCUACUUUAAUAGCAAUAGUUUUUUUCUUUUCUAUAGAUUGUAAGAGUUGUGUAACGUAUUUAUCCUAUAGUAUACAGAAGAAAGACCGUUAGGUAUCUCCAGGAAACCAUCAAUCCUACAUUUCACACGAAGGCUAACUUUAGUUUAUAAGCUACUAGCUAACGCCUAACGUUAGCUAUGGAGGAGAAGAAGGAGGAGAGAGAAGCGGAGAUCCAAGAGCACGGCCCCGAACACUGGUUCUCCAAAUGGGAACGGCAGUGCUUAGCAGAGGCCGAACGGGAUGAUCCAAACGAAGAGGAGACGGAACAAAGCCAACAGAAACUGUGGCACCUCUUUCAGAACUCGGCCACUGCGGUAGCACAGCUCUACAAAGAUAGAGUGUGUCAGCAGCAAGGCCUCUCUCUCUGGGUGCCCUUCCAGAAUGCAGCCACAGCUGUCACUAACCUGUAUAAAGAGAGUAUGGAGGCCCGCCAGCGGAGCUAUGAUCUGGGCAUCCACUUAGGUCACCAGCGCAGGAAUAAGGAUGUGAUUGCAUGGGUUACGAAACGCAGGAGAACUAUCAGGCGCGAGGACCUUAUCAGCUUCCUAUGUGGAAAAGUUCCACCUCCACGGACAGCUCGCGCCCCUCCAAGGGUUGCCAUGGUGUCUGCAAGCCGACCAUCACCCCCAGAGACAGGUAGCUCUGUGGAGACCGACCUGCAGCCUUUCAGAGAGGCCAUAGCACUGCAUGGCCUUAGCGGUGCCAUGGCAAGCAUUUCUGUGCGUUCGGGUCCACCUGGUUCACCAACUCACCCUGCCCAGUCCCUCAGUCGUCGUAGGAAUGGUCUUCAUGAUGUGGACCUCAACACCUUCAUCGCUGAGGAGAUGGCGCUCCAUUUGGAUUCAACAGCCAAUCGUAAACGAGGCCCUGCCCCCUGUAGUGAUGUCAUCACAGACUCACCUACUCAUAAACGUAACAGGAUGCUCUGAACUUUUCCUACACCACUAAUCCCUCCGUUGUCCUCUCCUUGGUGGCCGACUGGACAGCUGAUGAGGACUGAUGCCUUGGCCAACCAUUGAAAUCUUCCUCCUUUUCAUCUUAGUUGCAAUGCUACAAAUAAACUUAACUAUUACCAAUCCACACAUUUAUUCCCUUUAUUUUUCUUUCAACCCCGUGUUGUCUCACACAUCCUUUCUAUAGCAGUGUUGUUGUUUUUUCAGAAAAUGUUCUUUCCUGUUUGUUUGAUUGCCCCCAGUAGAUUGGACAGAGAAGCAAGCACACAUCACACUUGAAAUCCUUAAAUUGCAGAUUGUUGAGUUAGACAUGUUUAUUUGGCCAGGCUCCUUUUGUUCUUCAUAUCCGAUAAUCAGAUGAACUGGGCUGUUGCCUACUGUUUGCAGUUCUGUUCCCUUCAUUCCUCGUGCAAACUUUCUCCUCAUCUGUGGAGUGCUGGCCGAACCAGACUGGACUGAAACCCGGGCUCCCCGGGAGGCUGAACCACCACCUCGCUGUGUGGCCCGACUCAAAAUUCUUGUAAGCGUGUGUAUUUCAUUCUGCUGCUGCUCUGUGUGUUUGCGUAUCUGACAGCAGAACUGCCACUUACUGUGUUGUACUUGUCUUUGCCUUUGAGAAAGCUGCUACAGUAUCUCUGGUUGUUGCGCAACUGUGGGGGUGUGUGUGAGUGUUUGUACGUGUGCUUGUGGAUGCAGGAUUAUGGCAAAUCCAGCACCCACUUGACCGAAUUAUUUCCCGUUUUUACUUUCAUCCUAUAUAUUUUUUUUUUUCUUUAGUUGCUCUUUGCAGCCCAAACCAGGGUUUUAUCACAAAGCAGGUCAGUCCACUUUACCAUACUACUACAACACGAUAAUGGUGACUAUCAUUACGGUCAGAUGUAGCUGACAAUUUGAGUAGUGAGGUAACAAGAUAAACAAGAUGCUUUCCAAAAAAAGGGUUGCUUAAGUACCCAUAUCCUGCAUUCUUAUUUGCAAGUUUCAAAUCACACUGUUGUUGUCAUAGGUAUUGUCAUGUUUACAAAUAAUCCAAAUAUACACCGUUUUCCUGUCUGCAUCAAAAUAUAUUUGACAAAGCUGUCGAAGCCUGUGUUGUACCUACUUUGUUUACAUUUGGCCCUUUGAUGAGAACAAACUGGUGCAUUGUCAUUUUGGCUCUUGUAUUUAAGAGUUAUAACACUUGUGAUUUCAGCUUUAAACCUAGAAAAUUACAGGGGGCAGUUGCCUGUGGUAUUCUACUUUGCUUAGCCAACUUAUGGACUGUUGGGUGUGAUGGUUCAGCAAGGCUUUGGGCACUUGUUUUGCUUAUUUCGCACACUGCUUUGUGAUACAAUCUUGUGUAAUGUGUGUAAAUACCAUGUAGGUGCUGUUAUAUGUGGUACAUAUUGUAAAAAGAAGUGCAAAUCCAUUGGGAUGUCCAUGUACAAUAACAAUUCUGACAUUAAAGAAAAUACAAGCGUU